CUGAGCUCUUAUCAACACACGGGGUGGACGGACGGACCGCAGCUUGACACGGGCCGAGAGGACUUAGGUUGUUUUCAAUUGAAACCUUUAUUGACAUAAGUUUUUUUUCGCUAAGGAUUAUAAGGAGAAGAGUGGGACUGAGAGCGCUACAACAUGACUUGGGCAGAGGAGCGUUGAAGUUCGGGGGAUGUGCACGCUUCCAGGAAUAAGUUGCGCGUGGAGCGGUAUGGCUUGAUUGGAGCACUCAUGUUUCUGUGCAAGAGAAGGAAAGUUUGUUGCGUUUCUCUCGGAUCUGCUUUGUGAAACCCGCCGCCGACCGUCUCCUCCUGAGCGGCUGAGCCCCGGGGGGCCGCUUCUGAACCGUUCACCAUGACCAACCAGGCGCCGAAGAAGAGCCACUGGACCUCCAGGGUGAACGAGUGCUCCGUGGGGAAGGAUGCGCGCGGAGAGCUGAACGUGUCUCUGCGCGGCGGCGCGGAGAACGGGGAGUUCGCCUACAUCGGGCAAAUUAACGAGAGCCUGGUGUUUUACAGAGACGGGACAUUGAACGAGGGGGAGCUGCUGCUGGAGGUGGAGAACCUCUCCAUUUCAGGAUUACCUCUGUACGACGUGCGGACGCUGAUAAAGAACUGCAAAAGUCCCGUCAAGUUGAAAACUGUGAGGCCAGGAACUAAGCUGAACAAGGACCUGAAGCAUUAUCUAAGCCAGCGCUUCCAGAAAUCAUCACCUGACCACGAACUGCAGCAGACCAUCCGAGAAAACCUAUAUCGUCACGCAGUGCCUUGUACUACUCGCUCCCCACGUGAAGGUGAAGUUCCCGGCGUGGAUUACAACUUCCUCUCUGUAGAGGACUUCCUGGAGUUGGAGAACAGUGGAACCCUGCUGGAAGUUGGAACGUAUGACGGCAACUAUUAUGGGACGCCCAAGCCACCGGUGCAGCCCCCCAGCGGGAAAGUGAUCGGCGGUAGCGGUGGUGAUGCCCCUCUGUCAGACGGGCUCAGUGGUAGCCUGCCGGGCUCGCAGAACUCCACUCCCCUACGAGCCAAGUUCUACAAUGACAUGCGAAAUGCUGGAAUAGGGCUUUCUGAGCAGCCACUGGAGGACGACGAGGACCUCCCUGAUAUGAACAGCAGCUUUACAGGAGAAUCUAGCGAUUUAGACGAAAUUCAUCACUCAGCGCGCCCCUACGUCCCUCGCCAUAGCGACCCGUCCUACGCUGGGACAACCCCCUCACCAUCGGCCACCACGGAGAGCACACAGCAGACAAACCUUCACCUGAGCCAUCCUCCCCCGGAGGACCCGCUGGGACCUCUGCCUGACAACUGGGAGAUGGCCUACACCGAGAACGGAGAGGUCUACUUUAUAGACCACAACACAAAGACCACCUCUUGGCUAGACCCUCGGUGCCUGGACAAACCUCAGAAACCCCUGGAAGAAUGUGAAGAUGAUGAAGGGGUCCAUACAGAAGAGCUGGAUGAUCUAGAACUUCCUCCAGGAUGGGAGAAAAUCGAUGAUCCAGUCUAUGGGGUCUACUACGUUGAUCAUAUCAACAGGAAGACCCAGUAUGAAAACCCAGUGCUGGAGGCUAAGAGGCGCAGGCAGCUGGAACAGCCGCCCGCCCAGCAGCCUCAGCCCCAAAGCCAGCAGCCACCUGAAGAGUGGAUCGAGGACUCGGCGUUGGCAGGCGCCCCACUGGCUACCUACACUGCCAACCACGAGACCUACAGGGACCCUCAAACUGGUCCCCCCGUUCCCAACGCCAUGGGGCAAAAACGUGGGAAGCCUUUCUUUACAAGGAACCGUUCAGAACUGAAUGGGACCUUCAUCAAUACCAAACUGAAGAAGAGCCGCCGAGGCUUUGGCUUCACCGUUGUAGGAGGGGACGAGCCAGAUGAGUUCUUGCAGAUAAAGAGCUUGGUUCUGGACGGACCUGCAGCCCUUGAUGGCAAGAUGGAGACAGGUGACGUAAUCGUGAGUGUAAACGACACCUGUGUGCUGGGCUACACGCACGCCCAAGUGGUAAAGAUCUUUCAGUCCAUCCCAAUCGGCUCCAUGGUCAACCUGGAGCUCUGCCGUGGCUACCCACUGCCUUUCGACCCCGACGACCCAAACACCAGCCUGGUAACCUCGGUGGCCAUCAUCGACAACAAAGAUCCCAUCAUUGUCAACGGCCAGGAGGUCACCAACAGCUACGACUCGCCGUCCAGCCACGGCAGCCACAGCACCAACAACGGGCCGACCAACGGCGGGCCGCCUCUCAACGGCUUCCCCCGACCCCACAGCCCCUCCACCGAGGCGGCCUCCGACACCUCCUCCCAGCUCGGCUACUCCAGCGACGUGGUCAACCUGGCUUCGGCCAUCGCGACGCAACCGGAACUCAUCACUGUACACAUGGAGAAAGGGGACAAGGGCUUCGGCUUCACCAUCGCGGACAGCCUCGGCGGCGGAGGGCAGCGGGUGAAGCAGAUCGUGGACUACCCUCGCUGCCGCGGCCUCCGAGAGGGGGACAUCAUCGUGGAGGUGAACAAGAGGAAUGUGCAGAGCAUGUCUCACAACCAGGUUGUGGACAUGCUCAGCAAGUUGCCAAAAGGCAGCGAGGUCACCAUGCUGGUGCAGAGAGGAGUGGCACCUGCAAAGAAGAGCCCCAAACUGCAAUUGUCGAGGAAGGACAGUCAGAACAGUUCCCAGCAUAGUGUUUCCAGCCACCGGAGCACCCACACGGACUCGCCCGUGCACUCGUCUCUGGCACCCCCUCUCAGCGAGAGCAGCACUCCCCCGGCCCCCUCGCAGCCCUUGCCUGGCCUGCCUUCCCAGGACUCUCAAGGAGACGGGACCACCCACAGAAAGCCCGACCCCUUUAAGAUCUGGGCCCAGUCCAGGAGCAUGUAUGAAAGUAGGCUUCCAGACUUCCAGGAGCAGGACAUUUUCCUGUGGAGGAAGGACACCGGCUUCGGCUUUAGGAUCCUUGGAGGCAACGAGCCAGGAGAACCUAUCUACAUCGGCCACAUAGUGAAGUACGGCGCCGCGGACGAGGACGGGCGGCUCCGAUCCGGAGACGAACUGAUUUGCGUAGACGGCACAGCGGUGGUGGGCAAGUCGCAUCAAUUGGUGGUUCAAUUGAUGCAGCAGGCUGCCAAGCAGGGCCAUGUUAACCUCACUGUGCGACGCAAAACCAGCCACGCAGUCAAAUCAGAGGGAGAUGUCCCUCCGUCACCAGCGUCCUCCCACCACAGCAGCACCCAGGCGCCCAGCCUGACAGAAGACAUGGGGAAGCGCACCCCGCAGGGCAGCCAGAAUUCCCUCAACACGGUCAGCUCCGGCAGCGGCUCCACCUCUGGCAUCGGCAGCGGUGGAGGUGGAGGAGGAGGAGGAGGGGCCGUGGUCGGAGGGAACGCCGUGGUCGCCGCCGCAGCCGCGACCACGUCUUCUCAGCCCCUCAACGGCAUCACGAACACUCCCACCGGCGUCCCCGUCUCCUCCGCCGUGCAACCCUACGACGUGGAGAUUCAACGGGGCGAGAACGAAGGCUUUGGCUUCGUCAUCGUCUCGUCCGUGUCGCGACCUGAAGCAGGCACCACCUUCGCUGGAAAUGCAUGUGUGGCCAUGCCUCACAAAAUAGGCCGCAUCAUCGAGGGGAGCCCGGCGGACCGCUGCGGGAAGCUGAAGGUCGGCGACCGCAUCCUGGCCGUGAACGGGAACUCCAUCACCAACAAGUCCCACUCCGACAUUGUCAACCUCAUCAAGGAGGCCGGGAACACCGUGACGCUACGGAUCAUUCCUGGAGAUGAGUCAUCCAAUGCAUCUUUGUUGACCAAUGCAGAGAAGAUCGCCACCAUAACCACCACUCACACGCCUCAGCAACAGGCCGCACCUGAGGCCAGGACCAACACCAAACCAAAACAGGAGUCGUAUGAGUUCAAAGCCCCUCAGAACCCUCCUCCCCAGCCCUCCAUCCAACCAGACUCUGUUCAGGACUCGGAGUUCUACUCGGUGGACCUGGAGCGAGACAACAAAGGCUUCGGCUUCAGCCUGCGGGGAGGGAGAGAGUACAACAUGGACCUGUACGUGCUGAGGCUCGCUGAAGAAGGAGCUGCAGUUCGCAACGGCAAAAUGAGGGUCGGAGAUGAGAUCUUGGAGAUCAACGGCGAGAGCACCAAAGGCAUGAAGCACGCACGGGCCAUCGAGCUCAUCAAGAACGGAGGCCGACGCGUCCAUCUGGUGCUCAAGAGGGGCGACGGUUCCGUGCCUGAAUAUGGUGGGUCAAUCUACGAAAACAUUCCCUUCUCCCCCAUCUUCACCCCCUGAGCUGGACGGUGGCGGGGCCUGAAGGGGCAAAGAACUGAAUCACACACCCGGGACCCUUCGCCCCUUCCUGGCGUAGCCACACCAGGGACGGGAAGGAGGGGGUAUGCUUGGCUUUAAAGUGUUUCUGUGGUGAAGGUCACUCCUGUGCUUUUGGAUUCUGGGGGGGGGGGGCUGAGAGAUUGCCCCCGCGGGUGCUGUCGGCCCUCCUACUGUCGCCUGCUCUCAGUUUCCCUGUCGUCCCGCUCUCACUUUUCACCUCCUGGCCGCUCAGCCAUAGCACUCUGUGGGGACUUUACAGAAAGGUGUCGGGCCUAAUUCCAGUGCUACGUUUAAGAGAAAAAACUGUUUACAGGUUUGAAUGACCAGAGUAGGAGAAAAAAGUUUUCUUUUCUUUUUUUUUUAGGAAGAAGUGACAUAUAUUGCUUUAGCUCAUUAUUCCACACCAGUUCAGCAUUAAUAAGGAAAAACUUGAUUCUUGGCUUCCCAUAAAAGAUGGGACGUCUCCCAGCUUUGGCUUCAUUGUGACACAAACAUAUUUAUGAUAUUUAUUGGAGGUGAAUGUAAGCUACUGAACUCCUAAAGGAUGGAAGUGAGAACUGUAUUAAAACCAAGCCUAAUGCAGGCACAACCAAUAAAUUGAAUCAGCAUUGAAAAGUUUACUUAUUUCAGUGAUUUGGUUCAGAAGUGAAACUCAUGCAGAUUCAUCGCACACAAAGUGAUAUAUUUCAAGUCUUUAUAUCUGAGUAGGUGUUGAGCUUGCAGCCUUCAGUCUGUCUGCAGUGUGGGGUCUGCUCUCCCUCACCGUCUGCCUGACCCAAACACCACAGGUACUCUGUACAGACUAUUGAUCAGUGAGGCCAUGGUCAUUAAAGCAGGGAUUGGUGCUUUUGUCAAUGUGGGAAGGUGCCAAGUCCGUCUGGAAAGUGAAAUCAGCAUCUCCGUAAAGCUCGAAAAGGGAAGCAGGAAGUGGUCCAAAAUGUCCUUAAAACCCGGGACCAAAAUGAAUAGAUGAAAUGGCUCCCUGAAGCAUCACAAACUCUUAAAAACGUCACAUUGGACAUCAAGCAACUUGGAUUAUGUGUCAGUCCACUUCUCCGUUUUCUCUUUGAGUUCUACAUGAACUGCAAAAUUAGCUUUUUUUCUAAAAGGACUUGGACCACUCUAUAACAGUCCUGUUUCUCAUGCGCACCGCUAAGACACUUCUAAAGUUCUCUCAGUCCAGCUUUAUGUCAUAUACGUCGCUAUUCCCAAAUAGAAAUGAAACUCUCGCUGUCUAACACUAGAUAGUCGCAGCCCAUGUCUGGGAUACAUCUGUGUGUGCUGGCUCUUGAAGCUCCAACUCCAGCUAUUGGGCUUUGCUUCACAGUCUUCCCAAGGCUGCAGUGUUUCCUUCCACUCAACUUUCUGUUGAAUGUGCUCGGAUACACCAGUCUGUGAACAGCUGUUUUAGCAGUGAGGCUAUGCUGUGGCUAUUUCUCCUUCAGGAAAGUGUUGACUGAUUAUGCAGACAACAGCACUCCCACAGCAUACCAUUCCUAUAGAAUAUUGGUCUUAUGUAAUAAUCAGACUUUCUGUUAACUGUACUCCAUAAAUACCAAAGUUUACAGAAAUAAAUACUUGGAAUAUAUCACUCAGGUUUAUUUUUAAAUGUAGUUACUGAACUAACUUUACGCUUUGAUAAUAUUCAAAUUUAUUGAGCUGCCGUUGUAUUCCUUGUUUUCAUGCCAAAAGUCUGCUAAACUGUGCUCGACAUUCCUCACCCAUCCUUGGACUUAUUAUUUUUUUCUGUUUAUAUGUCCUUAAAAUGCUGUGAAGAUCAAACCACCAAACUCCACACGUCCCCAAGCAAACAGCAAAUGAGUCAUUGCCCUUAUAUAAAGCUUUUGUACAGUGAUGAAAUGAAUAGAGACAUUUUUACAAGUAUUUUUGUUCAUUGUACAGAGCCAUGAAUCAAAGCCACAUAUAAAUGGAGAAAAAAAAAAGUUUAUUGCUGCAUGAACUUGUCAAGAGUGUAAAUCUGAAGUCUUUGCCCCCCUUAUAUUGUCGAUUUUCCAUAAUAUUUAUGGAACGUUUUUUUUUUUGUUGUUGUUAUUGUAUAGACAAGUUUUGAUUGACAGUCAAGAGUCAUGAACAUUUCUCAUUGUCUUGCUUUUUUUCUUUUUCUUUUCAAGUGGAGAAGCAUUUGCUUGUGUGAGUUUAUUUGCGAUUAUCUGAUCUGCACCGAUGUGGCGUCAUGUGAACUUUGUAUAUUUUUGACCAUCGUUUGUAUUUUUUUAUUACGUCGACACGACCUUUUUGACAACUUUGCCGGUGUUUCUUCUUUUGAUUUCUGGAAUUUAAUUUUUUUUUUCUUCUGCUGCUUCUUUGUCAAUAUGUCCAAGUGUGUGUGUGUCUGACUGUGUGUGUUUGUGAUCGAGUGUGUGUUUGGGAGGUGGGGGGGUUGGGGGGGGUCACUGUUCUGUGUAACUGGUGGCUUUCACUGAAGGGUUUGGGCAACUUCCUGGACUGUCUCUUUGCUCUGAAUGAUCAAAUAAACACUCUUUUUCCAAUAAGAAUCAACACAAUCA